UUGUUUGUACACAAAGCCACGACGAAGUUGCAAAGCUGUUUUGCUUUUGACAGUUGAAAAGGUCGUUGCUGACCUUGACGUUGCAAAUGCAUCAACUAUCAUAUCAGAGAAUUACAGAAAAAAAAUGGAUGGCCUAAACGAAGAGGGCGAAGGAUUACCAGAGGUAUAUCUCAGUCCGUCACGCCAGUAUAGAACAGACAGGAACAGUGGUCCAACCCCAAAUGAUAGCGACCAGAACGUGUGGGAGGAUAUUGAGGGGGAGACCUGGGUGCCACUACGUCCAAAACCAGCUAAUGAUGAGACAAUUACAAGAUUGGAUAACGACCAUCAGGCUACAUAUUCCCUUGGCAUGCGAGAGGAGAUUGAGGGCAUAUCAUCAUUAGAGUCAUCUGCAGCUGGAAGCAGCACAGUGACAAAUGCAAGUCAAUCUCACGCAUUAAGUAUGAGUGAAGUUAAGGAGCCUGAGAGGAUGCCAGAAGGAGCUGGGAACCAUGAAGAUGGAUCAUCUCAUUUACUGAAUGCUGAAACCAAAGUUAAGAAUAUUGCGAAAGGAGUUGUUGCCUGGUCCAGGCAGAGAGGAGAGACUCCAGGAUCUGACUGUCCUCCAGUGGCAGGUGCAGGGGCACUACCAAGAACAUUUAGACAGAACCUUAAGCUGGACACAAAUUAUUCCUCACAACAAAGUAGCGAGUUGGUUUUUUCACCAGGUGGUGAUGAAGGCUUCAUGGUUCCUGGAGGUGUUCAUGCUUAUUAUGGUAGUGGUUCUGAUACAGAGGGUCUAGAAUGGAGUAUGGGAGAAGAGUACCAGGCUGAUAGUGUUGCUCCAUAUAGAGAUGUUGUGGAGGGGGCUGACAGUGUUACUCCAGUUCCUCAGAAUUACAGUGGUAAUGGCUCUUCAGUUGGCUUACGAGCCAUGGAACGUAAUUCUCCAGCUGGCCUAAGCACACCUGACGCAGAUGUUGAUGUUACAGUUGCAGUUGCUAGAAGUUUAUCCAGUAGAAAAUCCAAGAAUAGCAUAAGACCUCCUGUAGUAGGCCAAAGUGAGGAACUUCUUGUUCAAGCAUCACGUAAAGACUUAGGAUCAACAGAUGGUGAAGAAUCUGAGGAAGGAGGAGCCAAGAGACCACCCAUUAGAGAUGAUCUCUUCUCUGCUCCUGAAACACAACCUGGCUCUCUUGGAAGCCAGUCAGAAAAUACUGACAGUGUCAACACUGUGUUAGAUAUGAGUCGUGGGGAGGUGCAGGGGUGUGAAACAGAAGCAGUGGGCACACCUAUGCUGUCCACACCAUUAACCCUGGAGCCAACCAUGAGUCAGCCUCACCACAAACCAAAUUUUGUUAUAGGAGGUCCCAUUAGCCCAAGGGGAAAAUUCAGGCAGUUUCAAAACACGGUAAGAGGUAGAAUGCAGGAUGUCAAAGCUUCCUUAGAAAUUCAGCCUGGAUUGAAUCUAGGAGUUCAUGUUGACCGUGAGCAAUUUCUUAGCCAGCCUCCGCUGUAUGCUCCUACUACACCAGUCUGUGAACAGGAGGUGUCUCUUGCAUCCAUGAUAUCAGUUGAAACUAACCAUCCAGAUUCAUCAGACCGAGUUACAUCUCCUUCAGUUUUAUCAGUAUCAAGUGCUGCCUCAAGCAAAAGACUGGAAUGGGACUCUGGUGCUGACGUUGGCUAUGCAGGCAACACACCAGAACAAAUGACAACAUCCUUGAGUACUCUAGAGAGGAUUGCUAUUGGAAACUAUGCAUCUGUGUUAAGAACAGAACCUGAAGGGACAACCCAGGUGAAAGAAAAACUUAAGAAUUCUAAGAAGAGUUACAAAGCAUGUGGAGCAAAAGGUGGUGGAAGCCUUUUGAGUGUUAAGCGCAACAUUCCUGAGGUUGUGGGUUCAUUGCCUUCUCGAUCACUUAGAGUCCCACAGAUUCGUGAAAGAAAACUUUUGUCCUCUAGUGAUGAGGAAUUUGACAGCAGACGGACAAGUCCCUCUCAAAGUCCAAGACGGAAGCCAAGAAGACGAUCCUCUCUUGCUGUUGCCAAAGAUAAUGAUAUUCAAGCAAAGAGAAAUAGUGGGGUACAGUUAACUCACGGGAGAAUUAGGGAAAUUAUGGGGGAGAUCAAUAAUGAAGGUAAAUCCAGCAGUCUUGUUGAGUUGAACCAAACAAACAAAAACACUGUGGAAUGUAGAAGAAGUAAUAGCCAACAGUCACUUUCUGUCACUAAUGCUGAAAAGGAAGAUGAUGCCAAUAUUGUGUCCAGGAUGAAUAGUACCUAUGUGCGAUCAGGUCCUGUAGCUACAGGAAUAUCAAGAAGCACUGUAGCCAACAUAUUUGCUAAUACUUCCACAAGUACUAGCACACUGGUCCAGAGUAUGUCACCUUUACCUGUACAAGGGAUUUAUGCUAGCACUAGCAGUACCUUAGUAGAAGGAGCAUCUCAAGCAUGUUCAAGGUCAGAAUUAGUGACAAAUAAAUCAUCUGAUGAAGAAGUCUAUUCAUCUCAGUCAUCAAUACAUCAGCUUAAGGAUAAAGUUGGUCUCAUAAAUCUCCAGAGAAGAACUUGUGUAUCCAGUGGCAAUGAUAUCAGCUCGAAGUCGCAAGAGAGUUCAGACUUGGAAACUCCAUCAGACAUGAAAGAUACAGAUAUUGAUAGUUGCAAUUCUCUCCAGUUAUCAGAUGAUAUGCCCGUUAAUCUAAAGGCCAAAAAGAACAGCAGAAAUGCCAGAAAUCACGGAAACAUUAGCAGACCAACUGGAAGCAUUUCUGAGCCAAGGUGUAAGAGCAAGGAUAGUAAAAGUGGUACCAAUAUCCUGGCAGAAAAAGGACACAAAGAAGUCCAGGAUUCUUCUGAGUCCUUCUUAGAGAGUCGGCUAUCACUGCAAUCCUCGAACAAUUCCCUGCAAGCUCUAUCUGCCAAGCUUAAAAAACGAAUUCAGGUACUCCUUGACCAGGGUACAAUGAAGAAGGUCCAGGAUUUCAACAAGCUACAGGACUAUAUCGAAUUCAUUGGCAUACCUUCAACCAACGAGGAGGAGUGUCGUCUGAAACAUGGUGUUGCUGGCGUCAUCACCAGAAUGUUUGGGGAAAUUGAAGCAGAUGACACGGACACUUCAAACACAUUCAACUCUGAGACGUCUGAGACACCAACAACCGACUCGCAUGCCAGUGAAAACAUAACCCAGAGUCAUAGCAACACAGAUUUUCCUUCAGUUGAUGAAAAUCAGCCGACCGAAGAACCAGGAUCAUUUCCAUGCAAAUCUACAACUGAAAAGGAUGAAGGCCAAGAGCGGUCAGUCACUCCAGGAGGAACAAUUACACUCAGGGCUUACCGUCCUCCAUCUGCAUCCCGCACUUAUUUCAUGGCAGUUUCGAGAGAGUGCGACGAGGGGCUGGUCGAAGGGGAACGCACAGCCACACCAGAGAGUGGCUCUUCGUCUUUGCAAGUAUUUGGCCAGGAGAUAGACUUCCACCGAGGUCAGGCAGAAGGCCAAAGGGAGGACACAGAAAGCGGAAUUCCAUCUUUGUCCCCAAGGUUUUGGCAGCAGGUGGACAGAAGCUAUCCCGGCACAGGGGAUGGAAUUAGGAAAGAUGGUACAUCAACACCUAAUAUGCAGGACAGAGGAAUAAUUGGAGAAGAAAUUGCAAAUGAAAAUGAAAAUGAAGAUGACUCCAGGUCAUUUUCUGAAAGUGCAACUUUGCCUCCGGAUUGGGGACUUGGACUCAGGAGAAGCCAGGCAGUGUCUUCAGGUGCCGUUACAUCAGAUGAGUGUUCACCUCGUCAUGUUGGUCGCUGGUCUGUUUUGGACAGGAGGUCCAGCUGGCAUGAAGAAGAUAUGAAUGGAAGAUUUAGAAACACAGAUGACUGGAAGACUGCUACCACACGCUCUGAGCGUCUUUACAAAGAUAGACGAGGCACACUCCAUGUUGCCAAUCAGCCCCCAGGCUACAUGGAUGACCGAGACAGCCACCCAAGUGAGUCCACAUCUGAACACGAACAUCACCAACGCCGUAGCAAUGACACCGAGUCCCAUGAUGAUGGAAGGAGAGGUGCAGCCAGACCGUGGACCAGUUCAGGUUCAGAGAGUGCUUAUGAGACAAUACGUGAGAGGCACAGACACGUUGAUGAAGCAUUGGCCUCUAGCUUUGAGUUUUACUCCACCUCACCAAGGGAUGCUAGACUGCUAGGCUACAUGUCAAGUGAUGCAGCUAAAGAUGAGGAAGCAGAUGAGGCAGAUGAACCAGUGCAGGAUGAGUCUCAGGCAGACCAGAUAUUGAGUGCUGCUUCAAGUGAGCAGUUGUCGACAGGUAGACCAGUUCACUCAAAGAAAAGGGUUUUACGGCAACAGCACACAGAAGAGCAGAACUCCACACCUUCCAGUCAUACAGAUGCAAAUGACGUAAGCAGUCAAGUGUCAUUCAUCCAGUUGCAAAAGCAGAAGUAUGUGAAGAGGAUACAACGUCAUAUUCAUACCCUAGAAAAGCUGGAGAGGGCUCUGAUGGAACAGCUGGGGGACAGCAUAGGAUCAGAGAACAGCUUCAGGAGAUGCGUGACUGAAGGCCGCUCACAAACAGAGUCAGAUACAAAUAUCAGGUCUCAGACUCGUGAUAUCCUUGGGCAGUCAGAAACUGCAACAAGCAGCAUCAUAUCAAGUGACUAUAGUGAUGAAGUGAUGGAGAAGUGUAACCGCCUAAAACGAAGAAUGAAGGCAAAUUCAUGCCACAGCAUGAGUAGCGAGAGUCAAGCAGGACAAGAGAGUCGGUCACAAUCAUCUGGAAAAAAAUCUGAGAGCACAAAGUCGGCCACAGGCUUCAACAGCCUGGGUCAGUCUUACAUGUCUUCACCCCGGUUUGCGCAAAGCCAGAUGGGCUCUGACUUGGCAAGUUCUCGAGCCUCAACACUGAAACGCAUUGAGAAAGAAGUGAAAAAACUUGCCAUUACAGAGGAGAAGUCUCGGCAGGCAUUCCCUAAAGGGCAAAGGAAGCCAUCAGCAAAGUCAAGCUUGAAGGAAGGCAUCCAUUUACAGAAUGCCAUGAGGAAAAUGCCGAGGGAAGAACCAAGGGGAGAGGAAGGACCAAAGAAAUCUCAAGACAAGAGCACCAGGGAGAUUUCAGAUGAUAAUCUUUCUGUUCAGGCCUUAAAGAUUGGUGGCAGCACUCCAGAUGAUGGUAGACAUCUUACAGACAAAAGGUCCAAGAUUCAGAAAGGGAAAACAGAAUUAAUAUCUGAUAAACAGUCUACAGAUCAAACUAUUUCUGAUAGCCCUUUUCUACGUCAAGGUGAUGGAAGAGAAGCAAGGGAUGGUAAUCAGAAGAUAAAAAUGCCUGCAGUGCUAUACAAAAAAGAUAAUGGUAGGCUUCGUGUAGACUCACCACCAGUUCGAGACAUCCCAAGGUUGGACACUAAGAAAAUUACAAAUUUGCAUGACUUUGGUCAGAUGUUCCCAAGUGUAGAAAGUUUUUUAUCUGAUGACGACAACAGACACAGUUGUAGUGAAGAUGGGAGAAGUGUAGGGAUACAAACAGGAGAAUCACUUUUAUGCUUGGCAAAAAGUCCUGUUGAUACCACUAAGUCACAUCACUCUAAAACAGUUGAUAUAUUGCAUCAGAAAGAUGUUAGAAAGUCUGAAAGCAAGAUGCGUGAAAGAGAUCAGACAAAGGACAAGCAAGCAUCAAGGCCAAGCUCUGGGAAUGGAAGAGAAAAGCAUGAAAAUAUACAGAGAAAGAAUGAUGUAAUUGAUACUAAGGAUAGACACUUGAAAAAGCAGAUAGAUCCUCAGGAGGGAGAGUCUGAGGAUCAACCCCUUUUGCUAAAGCAGAUCACAAGAAGAGGACAAGUUGGACAUAAAGACAAAGCACUUUUAAGUUCUGCACCAUCCUCCAGGCCUGAUUCAGGUGGAGAAACAGAGAGACAGAGUAGUAAUGGUAAAAGCAGAGAAAAGCAGAAAUUUAAUGAAGAUCCCAAAACAGACAGACAGAGUAGUAAUGGUAAAAGCAGAGAAAAGCAGAAAUUUAAUGAAGAUCCAAAAACUUCAAGUAGACAGGUGAUUGGAGAUAGCCAUCCAAGUUACAGAAUGGAUAAGUUUGAAGACAAUAUAUCAAGUUGUAGAGAAGAUGCUAAGAAACAUUUUAGUGAUGGUACAACUACAAGAUAUCAGAGGACAGAGUCUUCAAGACAAGAAAUAAACAUUAAUAAGGAUAAACAACUCUCUUCAAGGCCAGUCUCAGCCAGAGCAGAAUCCAAACAAAGGAUGGCUUUAGAUGUAGAUGUGUCCGAUGAUAUGAAGAGUAACAUGCAAUUGGAGAGAUCUGGAAACCAAACAGAGUCCUCCUUGUCUUCUCGGCAUGACCUUAAUGAUGACUCUGGUAAGGAGUACAGUGGUCCCAGUGACCAAAGACAUGGUUAUAUUGGUAAUAAGGAGCAUCAAAAGGAAAGACAAGGAAACUGGAAAUCUUCUUCAGAGGAGUCACUCAUUGUGCUAAGGGAUAAAACUCAAAGCUCACCAUCACAAGUAUCAUCAGCUCAAAGGGGAGAUUCUAAUCAACUUAGGAGUUACCAUGAUCAAUCAUUUCAUAGCGAGUAUGGCAUCCCACUUCCUGUUGUGAAUAAUUAUGUUAGAGAUAAACAGGAGAUUAAGGAUAACCAAGAGUCUUUUGCAAUGAAAGGAAUGAGAAAACAACAAAGAAACAGCCAACAAAAUGAAGAGUGCAGAAAGCCUAUUCAGUUUGAUGUAUCUGUAGGCAACAAGGAAAAUUACCCGAGAAAAGAAACACCAGCAAGGAAUCUUAUCAUUGCACCUCCAGUUACACCAUUAGUGGAGAAACCUAGAAAAGAUAUGACUUUACAGGAAGCUUUAGCAAGAGCCCGGCCGGGAUACGUCCAAGGGGCUGAUGAUCGUAGGGCCAUGAUACGCCUGAAGCAGGAAAUGAGACGGGAUGCACAAAAUCACAACCAUAAGGUAGUGGCACAGCUGCCGACCAAUCUUCAGACGCCCUCGACACUUCAGCGUUUUCUAUAUAAACCAGAUAUAGCACCAAUAUUUUCAUACAAGGACAUUCGCAAACAGAAUCAGAGAAUCUACCAAUUGCUCCCUGAAGCAAGUCAUCCGGGAGUCAAGCAGUAUCGCAAAGCACAGAGUCAGACCAAUAGACUCAUGGCUGGCCUCUAUAGUCAGAAACUGAAGAAGAAAGUGCUGAAAGGUCAAGUAUCACAUGCCCACAAAGACAUCCUGACCCCCCCGUCACACUGCUACAAGAGAUAAAACUCCAGGAUCGGAACGGGGAGACCAAAGACAUCACCAGAAGAAUCAAGAAUGCCAUUGAAUCUCAAGAAGUUUUUAGAUUUACCUUAAACACUAUUUGUAAUGCAUGUAGGUUAUUGGAAGGAAUGUUUUGAGUUUCUUUCUGUUUUACUGGAAAGGUGCUUGUUAUCUCAAACCAGAACUGCUGCGCAAAGGGUGAACGAGUUUUAUAUUAUCUCGUGUUUUUUUGUUGCUUGAAUUUCAUAUUUUAAGAUUAUCCAUUUAUUUUUAAAAAAAAGCUUUUUGUAAUUUUUUUUUAUAGGUGAAAAGCUGAGAAGACCAGAAAAAAAUCUGAUGUCAUAAUUUAUCCCACCCUGUUUUCCCCAGUGAUGGAUUUAUUACCAACAUAACACUUAACACCUAAUUAUUAUUAAGGCAAUAUGAUACCUAUACUAUUAUUAAUCAAUCAGCUUCCCUAAGCAUUAUUCUCAAGAUAUGAAUACUCAGUAAUUGUUCAUAGGACCUGAUGCUUCUUCCACCUAAUUUUUGUACCUCAAAUUGUUUACAGAAUGUUCUCCUUGAAGAGCAUUUUUUAUGAUAGUAAUUUGCGAAAACAAGGAACAAUAUGCAAAAAAAACAAGUUGUGCAUGAUUGAAUCCUACUAGUCCAGCAUUUAGUCCAGUAGCUUUGUGGGUUCAGGAUAGUGAAUUUAAUUUAACCCCUUGGUGACGGGUGUAGAAAACUAAAAAAAAAAAAACUCUACACUCUGGCGAACCACGGCAACGCGCCGACUUUGAGCGUGUGAGUUCGGUACAUCAAGCCGAAUCACUGCCUCAGAGCGCUUUGGCACGCUGCCGCGGCGUACAGCUGCACGCCACAUUUCAAGCAAUUUGUUUUGACGCCUAUAGGCGUGACCCGUCGGGAAGGGGUUAAAGGUCAUACAUUCACUUGACUGCUACUUGGCCGGCUGUGGCAUCACCCUGCCUGUCUUCCAGCUGUUGAUACUGGUUCAUUACCUUGGCAGCAUAGCAGAAUCAGUUGUAGGUUGCUGCUGCUUGAUUGCAGUGUAGCAGAAUCAGUUGUAUAGUGCAUCAUGAAAUAUUCAUAAUUUUACCUUUUUCACCCAAAGAUUGACUGGUCUGCAACUCCCUAGCUGGCUGGACUAACUGGUUUAGCAUAUACUGUACUGUCUUUAUAUGAGCCUGCUUAGAUGUUUUAUUGUAUGGUAGGUAAAGAUGCUUGCAUUAUCCCAGGCAUUUCAUUUUUUGUUGAAUUUGUGUUGCUAUACCAAAGUUGUUAAUUUGUUUUAUAUUUUUGCAUUUACAUGCAUCCCAUUAUGCAAAUACAGUAUUUUUAAAGUAUAUUUAUAUUGAAUAUGAUUUAUGGUACAAAUGCCUAGAAGGAAAUCAUUUUGUAUGUAUUUUUAUGGUUUUCUAAUAUUUCAAUAAAAUAAAUAUUGACCCAG